AUGCGGGUCACGAUACCAACGAGGAUACGGCCUCCGGUGCUGGUGAUGCUCUUGUGCCUCGAGUCCGUGGUAGUCCUCGGCGCCCUGGCGCUCUUCGGGAUCGCGUACCCCGACCGCUUCCGCUCGCGGCUGUGGCGGAACGGCGGCGAGGAGGGGUGGUGCUCAAACCCGCGGCUGCGGAUAUAUUUCUACGCAAACUACGAGGAGCCGCCUGAAAUACCCCUAAUAUGGAGUCAGCGCCUCACAACCUCCAACGCCGCGACCGCCGUCCUCUCCCUCGCCGUACUCUUCGCCCGCAUCACGAUCGCCGCCCUCCGCUACGACGCCCGCUGGACGAACACCGCCUACGACGCCGUCCUUGCGGGCCUAUGGGCAUGGAGCGCCGCGGCGCAAGGCGGGGCGGACCUGACGGACCCGGAGCAUCUCAUGCCGCGGCCGUGGUAUCUCAUGCGCGGGUGCGAGGAGGCGUGGAGGGGGAACAGGGCGUGGUGUAGGAUUGCGAAGUGGGAGUAUGGGUGGGCGAUAAUGGCUGCGUACGUUUCUGUUUCGGCUCCGUGA